ACGUAACCAGGAGCAAAAAAGCAAGUUGUUGUUUUCUAGUUUUCCCUAAUCAUCGCGGUAGCGAUCAUUGGCGCAGUAAUUAGCAGAGCAAUCAAUUUAUCACGCAAUAGAUUAAAAUUGCGAUUAACUUUGACCACGACAAGAAGGAGAAAAGAAGCUUUGCAGGCAUGGAAGAAUCGCUGUCCGAGGAUGACAGUUCCCAGGACCGAAUCGAGAGCCUUGGGUUUAGGCCGCAGAAAAUCCUCGAGUGCAACAGACUGUUGCCCUAUGCUGACAAACUGGACGAGGAAUCCAACCGAGUCCUGGCCACUAUCAAAGCUAACCUUGGAAGGGCUGUCAUGUUGCGUGAAAUUUGCCCUGGCUGCAGAGUCUGGACAGCCAGACUGAUGAGGUUCACACGUCUCUACGGCUUGAAAAUUUCUAAAGAAGACCACCUGGCUUUUGUGAGGAUGUUAUACGAGCUGGUGACAUUGCCAAAUUUGGAGCCGUACUUGGUCAACAAAUUUGCCUCAACUCUACUGGAGCUCCUCAGCAAAAAAUACCUGAAUUAUGACGAUUUGACCUUAGACUGGAGGCCUCUCUAUGAAGUUCGGAAAAGAAUAAUUGAAGACUCCCAUGCAGAACUAGGAAUGUACAGAUACUUCACUGAUUUGGAUAGCACUUUAAAUGCCCUGAUUCGCGAAUCUGCUUACUAUUUUCCUCCAUCUACAACCCAAGAAGUUUUGGAUUUGUUCCGUCCUCGCCUGUGCCCUUUUGACAGUUCCACCACCAAAGGGAUGGAAGGGCUCAAUCUGUUUUUGCCCACAAUGCGCAGAGCAGACGUCAAAGAGCAAGGUUACACACUCUGGUUGGAUGAACUGAUGCACUUUUGGAGCGUUUGCAACAACUCCACCAACUUUGAAUCUGAGCUGAUGUGGCUGUUAGCGCGGCUGGCCCGCUUGAAUAUCGGCCACAUUGACUGGGAGCCUCACAUGGCUAUGAUGUUUACAAGAUUCCUUAGAUCACUCAAUCUGCCAGUCCUGUACAAGAAAAUGUACCCAGGGCGAAUCCACAAGUUGGACUCCAUGGCCAUUUGCCAGUGGAUUGUGUCAACUAUUGGUGGCAAAAGCAGCACAUACCAGUAUCUUGAGAAGUUCAUGAAGACGCUGGAGACGUACUUGCAGCCAGCUAAUUUUGGUCGCUGGGUCCUGAAGUUACGAGAGCUUAUCAAAAGAAUUGUUUCCUGUUUCAUCAGCCGUGUCUAUAGAGAGAGAGUGAAGAAGCGAAAAUGGGAACCUCCCAUACCCGAGAGUCACUUGCUGAGUGAUGAGGACAUAACCAAGUUUGUAGAAAUUAUGCAGCCAAUCACCAUGCAAGCUAUGUACUCGAAAGCUGGUGUCCUGGACAUGGUUCAAUCCCUGCAGUAUUUGGCCACCCUGAAGCCAAGCCUGGUUGUACCACCUAUAGUUGAAAAAAUGUACAUGAAUUUGGACUCAAUAACUGAACCACACAAGCUAACCACUGCCAUGAUGUGUGUGGUUGCUGUCGGAAGGCCAAUGUUGGAGCAAGUGGGUGAUUACAAGGAAGGAAGGGGCCAUGUUUUGCCUCUGCUCAUGUCUGUGUUGCCUGGAAUAGACCCCAACGAUUCCUUCAAGUGCUUCAUCACGUUCCAGUUCAUCUCCACAUUUGCCACACUGGUGCCCUUGGUGGAUUCAUCCAGGGCAUACGAGCAUUUCAAAGACUUGACUGAUGAAGAGGAAAUUUUGUGUGCGGCCUCAUCAGGAUUUGAAGACUUUGUGCUGCAGUUUAUCGACAGAUGCCUGAGCCUGAUCGAAAGCAGCUCUAUCGACCAGUCUCGCAUAGAGCAGGAAUCUGACAAAUGGGAAAGCGAGUCCCUUACAGAGAGUGCCAUUCUUUCAACUGUGAUUUCUGUGCUUACUCAAACGUCACCUUCCAUAUUCCAACAAGCACUCAGGAAGGUGAACCAGUUUGUAAUAAGUCGCAUUUUGGAAACCUCAGUGGCGGGCAUAUUGCUUGCUGUUCUCUGCCAAGCAUUUGCAAUGGUGAAUGCAGAAGAGACUUUGAAACUGCUGGUGCCAAACCUUUGCUCAGCCAUCAUGCAAGGCACAGAGUCCGAGGACAUUAUCAAAGAACCCCACCUUAAUAACGAACUGCUGUACCAGCUGCAGAUUCUUGCAGAGGUUGUUUGCUGUGAUGGAUCCUACUUAGUGCAGUAUGUGCCUCUAAUAAUGCCUGUUUUGGACCGAACCCUUCGUUUUGUAAGCAAAGAGGGCCAGCACUCGGCAGGUCGAUUGCUGAGCCACAUGCUUGAUUCCAUGGUCCACAUGAAGCCUACUGACUACAGAAGUGUCGGCUACAAUUUCACAGAGCCAUUGACUGAGCACCUUCCAGUUAGGGAUUGGUCAAAGCCUUGUAGUAUAUACGACCUCAAAAUAAUCUGGCACAUUCCCUCGAGGGAAGAGGUGCAAUGUGUUCAGCAAAUUGUUGGUCGCUACUUGCCACCAGAACUAGAGAAAAUCAACAAUUUUGUUAGUGGAAACCUUACUCUGACAAGGGAUGAACUGCAAAGCACAUUAAACAUUAUGAUGUCAAUAUUAGCUGGCCGUCCAUUGCUUCCAGUUUGGGAUGAAGAGCCAAUCACUUUGAUGGAUAGUGCAGUUGAUUUGCGCACUAUAAAAUACAUGACUGGUGUUGAAGGAAUGGAAGUAACCAUGCCAGAUGGCAGCAAUGUGAGGCAGGAAGUUGCCAGAGUGAUGAUCCAACUCCAAAAAAAAUUACUCCGGGCGCAUGAGGACGACACUCGCUCUUUCUUCCUGCUAAUAAGCAUUUAUGAGUUAUUGCUAUGUAACCAAGGGACAUCCAAAUCCGACUUCCUGAACCACUGGAAAAAUUAUUCAUUCAUCAAGCAGCUUCUGGACAACAAAUUGGCUGUUGGCUCUAAAAGACAAUUGCGAAGAAUGAUCAUUGACAGAGCUGUUCUUCAGCAAAAGAUGCGGCAAAGUGAAGCUAGCACCUCAGUUGUGACAGAGACCCACAAGCAAAUUUUCUUGGCUCUAUUAGAAUUGGCAGCAAGCCAGUACAGUGAAGUCCGAGCCAAAGCUCAGGGUUCUUUGUCAAUGUCACUUGAAAUGUUCACUUUCUCCUAUCGUCUCCUGGUGCCCCAAAUCAUCGACUACCUCAAAUUGGAUUCCAACAAAUUCCAUGAGCAGUUUAAGGGAGCAUUGUAUGUUUUGCUUGGGCCAAAGCAAAACCCCCUGGUUUCAAAGCACAGCUGGGAACUCUUGUCCGACCUGUGGUUUGUCCUUGUGACAGCCAAACCCUCUGAGAAAAACUCUGUGAUUCGUCUGAUGGAAAAAUUAGUUGAAAGCGUGCACAAAAAUUUCCCUACAAUUACCAUUCAGUUAGAGGUUCCGCAAAAAUGCGCUGACACAGGCCGAGCCUUGUGGAGUUCUCUCCCAAUUCCUGAUCAGCCAAUUCCAACCGAGACAGAAUUGGAGUUGGGAAAAAUGACUUUGGACAACCUGUGUAGAAAUAAGCAAGAAAAGUACACAAAUUUAGUCAACAAAUUACUUGAUGCCAUUGAAUCUGGAAAUUUACAUUGGCGGUACAACGACAUGGCUGUUAGUUUCCUCCGGGAUUUGGUUCAUCCAGACGUUCCAUUCCCAUCUAGAGCAGUGAAAUUUUUCUUGAAGACUCUGAUACACGACACAAUCCAUCUCCGAAAGUUGGCUAUUGCUAGCAUGGUCUUCAUUCUGCAACAGCAAAAGAGAGACCACGUCAAAGUGUUGGUCGAUCCAACUUCAUAUCAAGAAGGAUCUGGAUUGACAAUUUUGCAGAGUGAGGAUGAAGCAAAGCAGGUAGCUGUCAAACCUGGUGACAGGGAGGACAAUGCCUGGCUUCAGUACAACUACCAAAGCAGACCAUUGACCACUGAGCAAUGGCAAAUGACAAGAUAUCAACACAGGCCUUACCUGGGUUAUUACUGCUGGCCAAAGAAAGUAGAAGUCUAUGCUUCUUACAGCAAACAGCCAUGUUUGGACAGGCCUGUCGAAGAGAUGGACGAGGCUGAGGCCGACGUUUUCAAAUUUUUCCACAACCAAGCCAACAUUGACAAACUCAUAGAGUAUUUAUCCCUGGAAGAGAAGAAAGGCAGAGACAAAUUCAACAGCAAGAGAUACAUUCUCUUUAAGAAUUUAUUCCGCAACCAUGGUGAUGCUCACUUGAAUCUGUUUCUACCUCAUUUAAAACGGCUAGUGGCUGAUAAAAACGAGAGUAGCCAAAGAUGUGCUGCAGAAAUCAUUGCAGGCCUUAUCAAGGGCGCCAAACACUGGCCUUUUGACAAAAUUGAAUCGCUGUGGAGAGAGCUGUGUCCUAUUAUCAGGUGUGCCUUGUCGAAUAUGACUGUCGAGACUGUCGGAGACUGGGGCAUCUGUUUUGCAACUGCAGCGGAGAGUCGAGAUCCAAACCAACAGCAUUGGUUGCUGGAAGUGCUCAUGGAGGAGCCUUUGAGGGAAGAAGCUGCUUUUAAAGACUGCGGGAGGUUGUACGCACUGCAAGGCGCGUUGAACCAACACGAGUGGCGAAUCCCGGAGUUGCUGCACCGUCUUCUGCAUUAUGUGAAACCUUUCCUCACCCAUUCAUUCCAGAAUGUGAGGGAACGGCUGGGAAGUGUGCUGACAAAUAUUUUCAACUUGGACAUUGCCCUGAGUGACCAGAACUUGACAAAAUCGCCCCGGAUUGAUGACUUCAUUUCUGAAGUUUUGCCUAGGCUACAAAUUCUAUGUGCAAACGGACCCAAAGACAUAGAGAGCAAAAUGGAGGUUGACAGCCCCGAGGAGGUGAGCAGAACAGCCGACUUGAUUGCUAAUGUCGAGUUGUCUGCAGAAAACAAAGCUCCUAGGGAUUUGGCCCUUCGACUGCUCAAAACCGUUUGCCAGUGGUCAUCCGCUUGCAUCCUCAGAUCAUGUUUCGGAGUAAAACCUUCAUUCUACAAAUUCUUCCCAAUUGUUUGUUUAUUGGAGAGCUAUGAAGGCGACGAUGAAAUCAGUAAAUGCUGCACAACCUUCCUAGCAUACCUAGCAUUUUCACUCAACCCUCCGUCAGUCAUUCCCACAGCUCUGGCUACAGUUAAAUCUACUCUGAACCUGGGCUCUUGGAAAGCUAGACUGACUUGCUUGGACUUUUUGCAAGUGCUUGUCUUCCACAACAUGCCAAAUUUCCUGAGCAAUGAUGAGUGGGUGAAAGAUGUGACAUCUCUUGUGUUGACUUUGAUGAAAGACGAAAGGUUGGAAGUAAGGGAGAAAGCGUCCCAGGUGUUGGGCGGACUUCUUCACUGUGAUUUUAUUUCUUCUACGGAUGAACUUCUCAAACAAUUCACCAAACAAUCAAAAACAAAACUUAAGAGGAGCAGUGCUUUGGACAACAUCUACACCGAGUCUGUGAUCAAGCGGCACUGUGGAGUGCUGGGCUUGUGCGCCUUCAUCGACGCAUACCCUUACGAGGUGCCAGACUUCAUUCCAGACGUUUUUUCUGUCUUGGGUGACCACUUGAACGAUCCCCCGCCAAUUUCGACAACAAUUCGCAAGUCGCUUGGCAACUUCAAGCGAACCCACUUGGACAACUGGCAGAAUCACAAGCUCAAGUUCUCGGAAGACCAACUUUGUCUGUUGUCUGAUCUCCUCAUCCCUCCCACUUACUACGCUUGAAGUACAUCUACAGGAAUUUGUUUGAAAUACCGAGAAGGGAUUUUGUUUAAUUGAGUUCACCUAGAAAACCUUUCAAUUAGUUAUUGCAGUUAAAGUUCUGAUCUGUUUUUCCUUAAAUAUGCCUCACUGUUUAAUCAUAAAAUAAAUUUUGAUUACUUUUUGUUUCUAUGUA